AAGCCACUUGAUAGAAAAGCUGUAGGCCAGUCAAAAGGUACACUGAAUAAGUGUAUGUUUAACAAAGCUAUUGCACCGAGAGGUAUAUAGAAUUCCUUAAAACUCAUUUUGGAGUGAGUGGUUCAAUACCAAAGGUACAAAGGUAUCACAACCAGCUUUCUGCGCCUUGUACAUUUACAAGGAGAAAGUCAGAUAUGGCAGAAGCACUGGCAGCAGCUUUCACAGAUAAUCUCUUGACAUGUAGCAUCUGUUUGGGAGAAUAUGAGGACCCCCGUGUGCUGUCUUGCUACCAUACAUUUUGCUACGGUUGCAUAUGUGACCAUGCUACACGAAAAAUUACACGAGACCGGACAUUUCCGUGCCCUCUGUGUAGAGAAGAUAUACCAUUUCCAAGAGAUGGACUUGUGAAACUGAAAAAAGAUUUCCGUGUUCACAGAACAAAAGAACUCCUGAGUCAGCGACAGCAAGAAGAGGUCUCAUCUCCAGUCAGAGAAACUGAUGAGCAUGGUGUGACACAAGCCAUUGCACAUAUGGCCGUCAGUUGUGAGAGGCAUCUUAAUAAUGAAAUAAAAUAUUACUGUGAAGAUGAUGAUACUGUUGUAUGUGGUGACUGUAUAUUAACAGAACACAGUGGACACCGUAUUUCAUCAGUUGAUAAAGUUGCAAAAAGCAAUAGGGAUAAAAUUAAGGGGGCUCUUGCAAAAACUGAAAAAACGAUGAACAGGUUUAAUGAGGCAGUUGCCAUGGAAACAGCCAAUGAAGGAAAAGACUCUUACCUGUAUAUCAGGAGAGUCACGAUUAAGACCAUAAGAAAACAAGCUCAGAGCAUGCGCAAAUUCAUUGAUCAGAGGGAGCAAAUACUUAUAUCAGAAGUGAAUUCUGCUUACGACAAUAGAAAAAAGCAGAAAGAAGCGAGCAAGGAUGUCCUUGAACUCCACCACGUCUCCUUGCGCAGUGCCUGUGGCUUUGCCCAGCAACUAAUCACAAAUGGCACUGACUAUGAUAUCAUGAUCCAUGCAAAAGCUCUGACAGAUAGACUGACGGAAAUGGAAAAAACACCUGUCCCAACUCUAGACAUACCUGUACAGAUAUCGUACAGCCCUGGUACGAUAUCUAAUGCUGGACUGGAAGCCAUGUUAGGACAGGUGACAGUAGAGUCGCAACCUUCAUUAGCUGGACAAGAAACAAAUCCAAGAUCAACACCACACCCUCCUGUUUUCUUAGAGAAAGCAGAUUGUGUGGAUUCUUUCAGUGCUAAACCGAAAGAUGAUAGAGCAAUAAACAUACUUGGAAUAGCCAUAGAUGAGGAACAAGUGUUUGUAGUGGAUAGCGGAAAUGACCGAACAAAAUUGUUCACACAUGCUGGAGAGUUCAAGUCUGACAUUAGACUUAACAGACCAUUUGACGUGGCAGUGUCGCAGGCUGGUUUCAUGUAUAUAACAUCACAGGGUGACAAACGUGUCAAAGUGUACCAAUCCAAGGGCAAGCACAUAACCACAAUAGGUCAGGGUCAUCUGGAAAAGCCACGUGGCAUCACACUAAACAGACAAGGUCAUGUGAUGGUCUGUGAUGGUGAAAAGAAAUCCAUCUUCACAUUCCAUGCAGAGAGUGGACAGCUCAUGAACACUAUUCCACUCAGUAUGUGUACGGGUCCAGCAUACAUUACAGUGGACAGUGUGAAUGAUAAUAUUGUAAUAUCAGACUGGGGCAGUAAUUGUGUGUAUGUGCUGUCACCUGCUGGUGAUCUGCUGUACCAGUAUGGCACACAAGGCUCUGGUGAUGGUGAGCUGUGGUCACCAAACGGAGUCUCUACAGACAGCUAUGGUCACAUCUUCAUUGCUGACAGGGGUAACAACAGGAUAGUGGCACUGAGUCCACAAGGACAGUAUAUUAGAUAUAUUGCCACUAAGGAUAAUGGGUUGAAUGAUCCGAGAGGAUUAGCCAUCAGCCCUGCUGGCCGGCUGGUGGUGGCAGUGUGGGGGGGUAAAAUAAAGACAUUUCAGUACUUGCAAUGAACACUGCUCACGUUGAUGCAAGACUUGGGAAACAGCAAGAUAUAAAUUCAAGAUUAAAAAAAAACAUUUAAAGCACCGACAGGAUCAAUAACAAGAACAUUGCACAGCAUGGUGACAUAUGUCCAAAGGCUCACGCGGGUGUUUCAAAUCCAGCACAAAGCUGCUUAAAACAUUAUGUUGCCACGGAUGUUAUUCCAGUUUUAAUUAGAAAGAUAUUAGAUCCUUCGUUAGUAUUGGCUAGACCAGGACUUCAUAACCAUGGGAAAUCAGUGCCACACAUGUGCCUGUCCAUAUUAGAUUCAAGGUGAAAUGUACAGAGACAAGUUUCUCCGAGAAAAUAUUUACAUUACAAAGUUUGCCUUUGGUGUAUUUUACACGUAUAUAUCAUCAUUUAGACGCAGAACGAACUGCACCACAGUGUAGAUUUGAUAGAGAUAUUGCAGACGCAUAAUCAUUUAAAGUGUGGGGGAACAACCAAAUCGUGUAUACAUUUAUUAACAUAAGGCAUUUAUUUAUUUGACCCUUAUUUGUAAGACUACAUCCCUGGCAGGAUUAUGCAAAGAGUUUGUGUACGGAAUUUCCUGAUAUUUUCGAUGGUCUGUUGAUUAAUUAAUUAGAUGUAGUUAAUUUAUAAAGUUUGUUUAUUAGUAAUAUUGUGCAAAAAGAUAUGGUGGGGUUUUGAUGAUAUUUAGGCAAUGGUUUAAUUGAUUAAUUAACUAAUAAGUUACAUAAUCAAUAAUUAACAUUCAUCUGAUUUAUUACUUAGUUUAUAAAUAAACACAUGGCCAGAAAUGCGCAGCAUUCACGCGAUACGCGAGGGCGCUACAGUAGGGCUUCA